AUGGACGCUGACGUCGCUUGCAUCUUGGACCGUUUACAGUUGACCGGACCCGAUAUGCUGAUUGACGGCUAUGACCAAUACAACCAACAAGAGGAUGAAGUGGUCAACAUCUCUCCUGACGAUGCCUCAGAAGAACCCGCUGAUGCCCUUCCGAGGGCUGAUGAUUAUGAGGCGAUGAAGAGACAUGUCCUGGUCGACUUACCCGAUCUUGAGACCGAAGCUGAAACAUAUCAUACAUGGCAUAUAGAAAGAUGGCGGGAUCUGUCCCGAAGAGAACACGGCCCGGUGUUUGAAUGUGGUGGUCAUCCGUGGAAAGUCCUUUUCUUCCCAUACGGCAACCAGGUCGACUGCGCCUCUUUCUAUUUGGAGCAUGGAUUCGAAGGUGACCCGCCACCGGACUGGUAUGCUUGUGUGCAGUUCUCCCUCGUCUUGUGGAAUCCGAACGAUCCAACUCUGUUUCGGAGCCACACUGCCACCCAUCGUUUCAACGCGAAAGAGGGUGACUGGGGUUUCACGAGGUUUGUCGAGCUCAGAAAAGCCUUCAAUCAACCAUGGGAAGAAGGGUCAAGACAUCUGGUAGAGAACAACGAAGCGAACUUGACGGCGUAUGUCCGCAUCAUCAAAGACCCCACCGGCGUGCUAUGGCACAAUUUCGAGGGAUACGAUUCGAAAAAGGAAACCGGCAUGGUUGGGCUGAAAAAUCAAGGUGCCACUUGCUAUCUCAAUUCUCUGCUACAGUCCCUCUACUUCACCGACGCUUUCCGCAAGGCGGUGUAUCAAAUCCCUACCGAGCACGAAGCAAACCGGAGUAAUAGUGCGUGGGCUCUGCAAAGAUUGUUCUACAAGCUACAAAAGGACAGAUUCGCGGUCUCGACCAAUGAAUUGACCGCGUCCUUCGGUUGGGAUACACGGCAAAUCUUCGAGCAACAAGACGUGCAGGAAUUGUCGCGAAUCUUGAUGGAGGUUCUAGAGAAGAAGAUGAAAGGAACACCUGCCGAGAGGACACUUCCGGAGCUGUUCGUCGGCAAGACGAAAACCUACAUCUCAUGCAUCAACGUCGACUACGAAUCCUCGAGGAUAGAGGAGUUCUGGGAUCUUCAACUGAAUGUCCGAGGAAACAAGAAUUUGCAUGAGAGCUUCAUGGAUUACAUCCAAGUGGAAACUCUCGAGGGCGAGAACAAAUAUGACGCCGGCGAACCUUAUAAACUGCAAGACGCGCGGAAGGGCGUUAUUUUCGAAAGCUUCCCACCCGUACUACACCUGCAACUAAAACGAUUCGAAUACGAUAUCAACCGAGAUGCCAUGAUGAAGGUCAAUGACCGGCACGAAUUCCCGGAUGAGUUUGAUGCCUCUCUGUAUUUGUCUGACGAGGCGAAAGCAGCUUCUACAGAACCUUGGAUCUACCAGCUGCAUGGCGUACUGGUCCACAGUGGAGACUUCAACGCUGGUCACUAUUACGCGUUUCUUAGGCCGACUAAGGAUGGCCAGUUCUACAAAUUCGAUGAUGACAGGGUCACUCGGGCCACCAUGAAGGAGGUUCUGGAAGAGAACUUUGGAGGAGAGUACGCGAACGUGGCCAAUGGUGGGCCCGGUCAAAGACAGCCUUACAUGCGCGGGUACUCCACAAAGCGUUCCAUGAACGCGUACAUGUUGGUGUAUCUUCGGAAGAGUAGAUUGGACCAGGUCCUUCACCAAGUCAGCGAAUCCGACAUCCCUCCCCACAUCGAAAAGAGAAUCGCCGAGGAACAAGCAGAACUUGCGAAGAAGAAGAAGGAGCGUGAAGAGGCACAUCUCUACAUGAACGUCGGUGUGAUCACGGAAAAGACCUUCCAAGCCCACCACGGGUUUGACCUGACGAGUUAUGAUCUCGAACAGAGCGACCCUGCAGCGGCCCAAAUCCAUCGAAUCCUACGCACGACGAAAGUCUCGGAAUUUGCGGCCACGGUUGGCCAGGAGCUUGGCGUCGAUCCUGAUCAAGUCAGGUUUUGGGUGAUGGUAGGCAGACAGAACAAAACAAACCGCCCGGACCAGCCGAUCCGGGAUGUUGACGUCUCUAUGGAAGAGGCGAUGAACAAGUACGGAUCCCGAGGGCGUCCGUUCUUCUUGUGGGCCGAAACAGCCCUCAAGUCGGAAGACGGCAAGGCCCAUUUCCCUGAUCCUACGCAAGCCGUGGGAGGCAACGCCCCGAUUCUGGUGUUUCUGAAAUACUUCGACGUCAAAGCCCAGACAUUGAACGGCGUCGGCCACGUCUACGUUAAGAAACUGGACAAGGUGUCAGAAAUCGCUCCUCAGAUCAACCGAGUCAUGAAAUGGGAUCCAAGCACGCCCAUUCUAUUGUUCGAGGAAAUCAAGUUCUCGAUGAUCGAAGCCAUGAAGCCGAAGCAGACGUUCCAGCAGUCUGAAAUCCAAGACGGCGAUAUCAUCUGCUUCCAACAGAACCUUCCCGAUCUUGACACGUCUACGGUGACGUACGCGGAUGCACGCCAGUACUAUGAUUACCUGCUCAACAGGAUACCGGUCACGUUUUACCCCAAACCCGGCACAGACGGAGAAAGCUUUGUUCUCAGCCUGAGCAAGAAGAUGACGUACGAUCAAUUUGCGGCCAAGGCAGGUGAGCAGCUCAAGGUCGAUCCCACGCAUAUCCGCUUUGCAACGAUCAGUGCGACCAACAACAAGAUCAAAAUGUGGAUCAAGCGUGGCAUGAACCACAAUCUGCAACAAAUCCUGCAGUCACAAUUCUCGUCUUACGGGGGCUAUGCAACACAUAGAAGUGAUGCAUUGUACUAUGAGAUUCUCGAAACCAGUCUCGCGGAUUACGAGACCAAGAAGAUCAUGAAAGUGAUUUGGCUCAGUGACGGCAUCAGCAAAGAGGAACCAUUGGAAAUCCUUGUUGCCAAAAAUGGUAUGAUUGCAGAUUUGAUGCACGGUAUAGCCAGGAAGCUCAACCUGGACGAAGAAACAGCCCGCAACAUACGAGUGCUCGAGGUUCAUGGGGGUAAGAUUCACAAGGAAUUGAUCGAGGAUUUCAACGUGGUCGGGGUCAAUGAGUUCACCACACUUUAUGCCGAGAAGAUACCGGACGAGGAAGUCAACUCGUCCGAUACCGACAGGUUCAUCUAUUGUUACCAUUUCGAUAAAGAGGCCAACAAACCACACGGCGUACCGUUCAAAUUCCUCCUCAAGCCUGGUGAAGCUCUCAAAGAUACCAAAGAGCGGAUCAGCAAGAGAACAGGCAUCAAGGGCAAACUUCUGCAGCAGAUCAAGUUUGCUCUAGUGGGGAGGGCGGUGUAUGCAAAACCAAAGUAUAUUGAUGACGACGAUGUCAUUGUCGAUCUCAUCCAAGACGGAGAUGAAAUGCUUGGGCUGGAUCAUGUCAACAAGGCCCGCAACUUCUGGGGCAAGGCUGAGGGCAUGUUUAUUCGGUAA